CUGGGGAGGUGGCAGUACGACGUAACUCUGGCGGAAGACGAGCCCGACGAGCGCGCCACCACAAUCGCAAGCGAGCUCCCUACAGAAGCGUUUUUGAACGUGCUUAACGGAGAGACAGAUCGAGUUGUGGUGCACCACGGAGAAGAAGGAGCUAUAGAGCUAUGUGCAAGACUAGACAUAGGCAAGAGCGGGCACCACCGCGGUACAAUGUCAGAUUUGUGCAUUUUCGGGUGGAGUAUGAGACUGCAGGAGCAUCCAUAUAUUAGAUUCUACAGGUUUGAUAUUUCACAGUUG